AUGGAGGCGCAGGGGGGCGUUCUGGAAAGUCUGCCUCCGGCGCCUCUCUUCUUCGCUGGGGCACUGGGCGGCCCCGCGUGCGUCUUCUCCCUCACGCCGCUGCGGAACGCGGUCAGCUUGGGCGCGGCGGAUCGAGGGUCUGGGAUCUUGCAGAUAUAUCGGCGCGUCUUCGCGACUGGAGGCUGGACCGGCGGUGCCGCCACGAUCGGUCCCGCGAGCGUCCAGUGCGUGGCGCUGGGGCCGCUCUUCCACUUCUGGUCCAAGCUCCUUGGCAGUAAUCUUGCGGCCACGAUGCUGGUGGGCGUAACGGAGACGGUAGUGACCUAUGGCAGCCAGACGCGCAACGCGCAGAUGGCCUACAAUGCUACGGUCUCGCCCGACAUGCGGGUUCCGCGCUGCGCCAUCGUGCGCCCGUGGGGGCCCGGCGCGACCUUCCACGUGCUGCGGAACGUCAGCGGGAUGCUCGGGCUGCGAGUCGUGGCGGAGCCCCUGGAGCGGGCGCAGCUGCGCGCGCACUCCUCGCUGGGGUGGGGCGCCCCGUCCUCGCGGCUGCCGGCAGACUUCGCCGCGUGCUUGCUGUCGUCCGCCGUCUCCACGGCGCCCGCGCUGCUGCACUACCACGCGGCCACCUCGCGCGAGUACGGGGCCGCCUCGCCCCGCGAGCGCGCCGCGCUCGCCGCCGAGUUCCUGCGCAGGCAGUACGUGAGAUCUCUGGUUGCCCCAGGAGCGUGCGUUCGUUCGCUGGUGGUGGUAGCUGGCGGUGGGCGCGCCGGGCAGGCCCUCCCGACGUGGAGCCACGGCCGAAGCGAACUCGGAGGACGGAGGGGACCGCGCGCGGAGACAUCGGGCUCCCGUGUUGCCCCCGUCGGACACCUGGAUAGUUGGCAGCACAGGUGCGAGAGGGCCUCCGGCGGGCAGCGGCACGAACGCAGUCACGAUGGAGCCAGUGGUGUUCGCACGGCGGUGGAUUCAACGCCAGCGUGUGCAUUGAGGCGAUCCAAAUCAAGUGGCCCC